UUAUGAAUCUAUGCCUUAUUUCGAUAAAUGUCAAAACAAGAUUUCCAAAUUAGUUUUUUUUUUACUUUUUUGAUUAAUUCGCUGUUGAUAAAACUAUAACCAAGUUAAAAUAAUUAGUUUUAUGGUAUUAAUACAAAACGAAAUAAACGAAUCAUUGUGCUUUUAUUUUUAAAGGUCUUAUUUUAAUAUUGGUGUACUAUUUUUGUCCGCUCCCGAUUCAGUGCAUUGAAAUACAUUUGACAUCCAGGAAAAGAUAUUCUUCCUGUGCGUUGGUAUGUAGCAGUGUGUCAGUGUGAUGGUAAUGACGUGCGCGUCAGGCAUGGGCGACGCGGUGCUACGCGAGCGACUGCCAGCUCUGUGGCGCCGCAUCGAAGACGCGCACUACAGCUACUUAGAGACAGAUGACAGUCCGGAAAAAUUGCAGCAAAAAAAGAAACUAGAAGAUUACAUCAUAGAGUACCUGUCAUUAGUGCCUCACGAAUGUAAAUUCGGUUUGGCUGAAACCGGCAAAGUUUUUCAGCGGACUAUAAACGAACUGCCCGAGUUCAGUGCGUAUCGAGCUGGCCUUGGUUGGGCAGCCCUGGCUAGGUAUGCGAGCAAUCUGCUCGCACAACCCUGGAGGAAAGAAUAUAAAGUUAUAAGGUUGUAUUGCGGGUACUACAAACAUGAGGUGGAGGCAAAUAUGGUCGGUGCAGAGACUUUGUUACACGCGAUGGGCUACAAGUUGUCUGGAGCCGGCCGUCUCGCUCUCGACGCACCUGUUUGUCCCGAUAUGGUGGCAGCUAUAUCCAGGGAUGCCAUUAUAGCGCAGUGCGAAUGCCAGAUAAUGUCUCACAUAUGGGAGAGCGUGUGGGGUAAGAGCGUGCGCGUAUCGUGGGCGGACGUGGCCCGGGAGCGGGCGGCUCGCGCUUCUGAUGCUGACACCGCCGCCGCUAGACUCGCAGCCGCGGCCGAUCCGAGAGUCACAAUGCCAUACACUGACGAAGAAUUAAAUACUCAUGAGAGGGUACUCAACCGCAUCACAGAACUGGAACAGGAGCUCAACUUGGCCAAUAAUAAAAUAGAACUACUGCUCGAACAACAAAAAGAACAUGAAGCAGAAUACACCCAAAGUCUUUUUGAAGAACUGGUAGCAUCACCUGGAGGUGCCGAAAUAUACUCCAAUAUACCUGUCACAGUAUCCGACGCGCAUCGCAGUAGACUCGCCGAUAGAUACCACCCUAUGCCUUGCAACCAUCUGUGCCCAGACGAAACGAUCAUAGAGGACCCAAUAACUCCUAUAGUUCAACCAUCGUAUAUGAUGCCACAGACGAUGAUGCCGCCACAAAUGAUGUACCCUAUGCCUCAGCACAUGCAUCCUGAUGUCCCAGUAACGGUCACAAAUCAACCUGUGAUGACUCCGUACGGGGUUCCAUAUUACUAUCCAGUUCAUGCCCCAUAUAUGAUACCAACUCCUAUGUACGCACCGAUAAAGCACGCUACAAAUGUACCCAUAAACGGUUAUCCACCGAUCACCCAGUACAAUAGAUAUCCAUCCGUACCGACCGGUCAGCUGAUUGAACUUGAUACACCAUCGGUUUAUGAGAACGGAAAGUUUGAGAAACACAGAGAUGACGAUAGAGGGCACAGAAGAGUUAGACAACCGGAGAGUUCUAGAAGGAACAGCACGUCGAGAUCGGGUUUUAGCGACGUAUCGUUGCCUAGUUUACCUCGUUCUGAUACUCAACCGGUGCUGAGUAAGGCUAAAGAAGACGGAAUGGGCACUUAUGAGAGUUGGGAUUAUGUGUUCAGGAAUCUAUCGAGCAAAGACCAGGAUGGUGAGAGUCGAAAUCGGUAUUCGCCUUCUUUGGACAGGGAUUCUAGAACGCUGGAUAGGUUAGACAGGGAGGAGAGGCGAGUCAAAUAUCAGCCGACGACGCUAGAUUUAGAAGACGGCUUGCAGGCGUUGAACAUAGAUAGGUCCUAUGAUGAAGACGCGUAUCGAACAGCGAAAGUGAACGAAAAUUUGAUGAGGAUGAAACAGGAGCAGGAGUUGAAGAGAGCGAAGCAACUGGCUAGAAAACAGACGGAAGAGAGAAAAACGAAAAAGCUGGAGUCGAUCGGGAACCCUAAAGCGGAUGCGCUGAUAACUAAUAAAGUAGCACCGGAUAAAGUGAAGUUGCUGACUAAGAAGGAUGUCAAAGAUAGGAAGGAGGUGUUAAAGCAGCAGAAUUCUGUGAACGGUUCGGCUGAGGUGAAACGAGUGAAGAAACCCCCAAAGCUCGUGGCCGCAGAAGCAGAACGGCCUUCCAAGUCCAUGCCUUUAGAAAAUGGACAUAACUCGAAAACAUCUGUUGCUGCUCCAUCGAACUACGAUUUAAAAGCUCAACUGAUAGUAUCCCUAGACGAGACAGAUAACGUGCGUCGCUCACCGCCCAAACAAGCCACAAAUGGCGACAGAACGACUCAAGAGCGAUGGGAGUGCGGCACUUGUACAUACAUAAACAGCAAUGCUAACGUCGCGUGUGAAAUGUGCGGUAAGUCGAAGAAAGGACCGGAGAUUCAGCCAUUAACUUCGGGUGGACGUGAAUGCCCGACAUGUACACUAGUCAAUCAACGUGACGCUACUGAGUGUGACGCGUGUCGCACUAGUUUAGACCACUGUCCGACAUAUAUAUAAGUCGAUAAGAGGCUUCUUAUAAAUCAUUUGGUGCCCGAAAUAUCAAUAUAAAGCCUAACAGUGACUUGUUAAUCGAUUAGUGUUGGAUUAAUUAAUCUACUAGUGUUGCACUUAUUAGUCGACUAGUGUUGGAAUUGUUAGUCGACUAGUAUUGGACUUAUUAGGCUACUAGUAUUGGACUUAUUAGGCGACGAGUAUUGGAGUAAUUAGUCCUCUAAUGUUGGACUGAUUAAUCCAAUCAUUCCGUGUCAGACAGGUUAUAAAACCGAACUGGAAGUCAUCAGUCGACAAUGCUGGACUUAUUCAAGCAUUAGUGUCGACUAGUCGACGACUCGGUCG